UUCUGUGCAAUGAGUCAUGAUCUCUUCAUCACCAGAGCUGAACUGACAGCGAGGUGCGUUCCAUUGUCCGUCGACUUCUGCGAAUGUAGAAAUGACAGAUGUUGAUAUACCACUGAUCCGUGACCUGCCAUAGAAAAGUGUUCCCUGGCGUGUUCCCGUACUAGACUAAACCAAGAGCUCUGUCUCAUAAAAGCUGGAUGCUCUUCAAAGCACUGAAACAAUGCAAAAACUUCCGACAAGCAAUCAGUUCGAGUGUUUUUUUGAAUUCUGCUGGACACCAUUUCACAGCAGUUCUUGAUCGCCUCGACUUGUAUCGAAUAAGCGUUUGAAAGCAUGUCGCAAGAUAAAACUAAUGUUGAGGAGGAACCUAGAACUGCAGCUGAGCCGGCCGAAGUAUGCGCUGCUGGAAGCACAACUGAAGGUGAUCAGAUCGAAGAGAAUGCAGUUGAAUCGACGGCACCGAUCAAGGCAAAGAGUUUACUUUCUGACGGUGGCAAGCAUAGCCAAGUGACAGGGACGGUUCUGAAACAGGCUUCUGAUCAAGCAAAUGCAAUUUUUAGUAAAAUGAAGAAGGCUUUCAACGAAAAGAACCACUACUAGCGACAGAGCCAGCACUCCGCAGUAUCCUCCAUGUCCAACUGCAAAGAGACUGGUAGUCACAAACCGCAAUUCUAGAAAUUCUAAAAAUUGCCUUGGAAGGAGAUUCAAGCAUCAUACUGGGCUUAGUGCAAUCGGACGGUGCAAAUCCCGUGGAAACAUCAACCGUACCUGAAAUGCCCAUUUUUGAGUCUCAUUCUCAUCUUUUAUUGUCAAAAUUUUGGGUGGGUUUAGGGUUUAGUCUUUCUGAUCAGUCAAUUGCAGAUCUUGGAAAAACAUCUCCGGCUACUUAAUGAACGAGCACCCCUAUGGUUUUGAUUCUACAGAUUGUAACUUUCCAGUAAAUAUCUUUGGGCGGAAAACGCAUGUGCCCCAUCGUUUAGUUGCGGGAGAUUUGUGCAGGAAACCCAGGGCUGCCAGGACAUGCAGCUCGGCGAGGUUAAUAGAGUUAUUCAGGGCUUGAGUCGAAAGUUUCCUCAGGACAUCGUCUUGAAUUCGGCGUGGGCUCCUCACAUCAACCUCUUGUGAUCAAUAAAAUGCUCCAUUUUAAUUCGAGAUCAUAUUCUUCUACUGAAGGUGAAACCUUGGCGGACUGUUGAAGAUUAUAGAUCCUGAUCCACCCUAGUCGAAGAUAGAUGGGGUGAUUCAGGAUGCAGUGCAAUUUGCAUGCGUGAUUUGAUGACAGACUGGAUCUGUAUCCAAUUAUUG